GCCGCCGCCGCGCCGACCAUGUCGGCGGCCAAGGAGAACCCGUGCAGGAAAUUCCAGGCCAACAUCUUCAACAAGAGCAAGUGUCAGAACUGCUUUAAGCCCCGCGAGUCGCAUCUGCUCAAUGACGAGGACCUGACGCAGGCGAAACCUAUUUACGGUGGCUGGCUGCUCCUGGCUCCAGAUGGGACCGACUUUGACAACCCAGUACAUCGGUCCCGGAAAUGGCAGCGGCGCUUCUUCAUCCUCUACGAGCACGGCCUCUUGCGCUACGCCCUGGACGAGAUGCCCACAACCCUGCCUCAGGGCACCAUCAACAUGAACCAGUGCACAGAUGUGGUGGAUGGGGAGGCCCGGACAGGCCAGAAGUUCUCUCUGUGCAUUCUGACCCCUGAGAAGGAGCAUUUCAUCCGGGCAGAGACCAAGGAGAUCAUCAGCGGAUGGCUGGAGAUGCUCAUGGUCUAUCCCAGAACCAAUAAGCAGAACCAAAAGAAAAAGCGGAAGGUGGAGCCUCCCACACCACAGGAGCCAGGGCCAGCCAAGAUGGCUGUGACCAGCAGCAGCAGCAGCAUCCCCAGUGCUGAGAAAGUCCCCACCACCAAGUCUACACUCUGGCAGGAAGAAAUGAGGGCCAAGGACCAGCCUGACGGGAGCAUCCUGAGUCCAGCUCAGAGUCCCAGCCAGAGCCAGCCUCCCGCUGCCAGCACGCUGAGGGAACCCGGGCUGGAGAGCAAAGAUGAGGAGAGCACCAUGAGCAGCGACCGCAUGGACUGUGGCCGCAAAGUCCGGGUAGAGAGCGGCUACUUCUCCCUGGAGAAGACCAAGCAGGACUUGAAGGCCGAAGAGCAGCAGCUGCCACCACCGCUCUCCCCUCCCAGCCCCAGCACCCCCAACAACAGGUAUAGUGGCCCCGGACCGCCCUCCCAGGAGCUUGGCCACCCCCUUCCUUCCCCAGGUUCUCGACUCCCCGGCCGAGCAGUCUGCGGCAGCUCCCUGGACGUGGCCAGCCAGCCCCCCGCCCACAUGGAUUCCAGCAGUGCUGGGGGGCGGGGAGCAGAGAGACUGGGGCGCACCUUUGCCUUUAAAGCCAGCAGGCAGUAUGCCACUCUGGCCGACGUCCCUAAGGCCGUCAGGAUCAGCCACCGAGAAGCCUUCCAGGUGGAGAGAAGGCGGCUGGAGCGUAGGACUCGGGCCCGGAGCCCUGGCAGGGAAGAGGUGGCCCGUCUGUUUGGCAACGAGCGGAGGAGGUCCCAGGUCAUAGAGAAAUUUGAGGCCUUGGACAUUGAGAAGGCAGAGCACAUGGAGACUAACUCAUCAGCCGGGCCCUCACCAUCAAGUGACACUCGCCAGGGCCGGAGUGAGAAGAGAGCAUUUCCCAGGAAACGGGACCUCCCCAACGAAGCCCCCACAGCUCCUCUCCCGGACACCUUGGCCUCCCCCCUGUCUCCACACCGAAGAGCCAAGUCACUGGACAGGAGGUCCACGGAGUCCUCCCUGACGCCUGACCUGCUGAACUUCAAGAAAGGCUGGCUGACCAAGCAGUAAGAGGAUGGCCAGUGGAAGAAACACUGGUUUGUCCUUGCUGAUCAAAGCCUGAGAUACUACAGGGAUUCAGUGGCUGAGGAGGCUGCUGACCUGGACGGGGAAAUUGACUUGUCCACGUGUUAUGAUGUCACGGAGUAUCCAGUCCAGAGAAACUACGGCUUUCAGAUACAUACCAAGGAGGGUGAAUUCACGCUCUCUGCUAUGACAUCUGGAAUCCGGCGGAAUUGGAUCCAGACUAUUAUGAAGCAUGUCCACCCAACCUCUGCCCCGGACGUGACGAGCUCGUUGCCAGAGGGGAAGAACCGGAGCGGCUCCUCCUUUGAGACCUGCCCAAGGCCUAGUGAGCAACCGGAGGGGGAGCGUGGAGAGCCAGACCCCGAGCAGAAGAGGAGCCGGGCUCGCGAGCGGAGGCGGGAAGGCCGCUCUAAGACCUUUGACUGGGCCGAGUUCCGCCCUAUCCAGCAGGCCCUGGCCCAGGAGAGGGCCAGUGCCGCUGGGGCUUCCGACAGCCACCCCGAGGCUGAGGCUGGGGAGCUGGAGCGGGAGCGUGCACGGCGGCGGGAAGAACGCCGCAAGCGCUUCGGGAUGCUCGAUACCGUGGACGGGACGGGCACUGAUGACACGGCCCUGCGGAUGGAGGUCGACCGGAGCCCGGGGCUGCCUGUGACCGCCGACCUCAAGACCCAGAAUGUCCAUGUAGAAAUCGAACAGCGAUGGCACCAGGUGGAGACCACCCCUCUCCGGGAAGAAAAGCAGGUGCCCAUUGCCCCUCUGCAUCUGUCUUCCUCCGAGGAUGGAAGUGACCGGCUCUCCACUCACGAGCUGACCUCUCUGCUGGAGAAGGAGUUGGAGCAGAGCCAGAAAGAGGCCUCGGACCUUCUGGAGCAGAACCGGCUCCUCCAGGACCAGCUGAGGGUGGCUCUGGGCCGGGAACAGAGCGCCCGGGAGGGCUACGUGCUGCAGACUGAAGUGGCCGCCUCCCCGUCCGGUGCCUGGGAGAGGCUCCAUAGAGUCAACCAGGACCUGCAAAGCGAGCUGGAGGCCCAGUGCCAGCGCCAGGAGCUGGUCACGCAGCAGAUCCAGUCCCUGAAGCGCAGCUACGGGGAGGCCAAGGACGCGAUCCGGCACCACGAGGCCGAGAUCCGGAGCCUACAGGCGAGGCUCAGCAAUGCCGCCGCCGAGCUCGCCAUCAAGGAGCAGGCGCUCGCCAAGCUCAAGGGCGACCUGAAGCUGGAGAAAGAUAAGGUUCGUGAGCAGCUGGAGGAGCGGCAGCACAGCGAGGCCGCGCUGAGUGGUCAGCUGCAGGCCAGCGAGCAGAAGCUCAAGAGCGCCGAGGCCCUGCUGCUGGAGAAGACGCAGGAGCUGCGCGACCUGGAGCUGCAGCAGGCACUGCAGAGGGACCGGCAGAGGGAGGCACAGAGGCUGCAGGAGCGUAUCACCGACCUCAGCCAGCAGCUUAGCGCCAGCGAGCAGGCCCAGAGGCUGAUGGAGGAGAAGCUGCAGAGGAACUACGAGGCCCUGCUGGAGAGCUGCGAGAAGGAGAAGCAGGCACUGCUGCAGAACCUGAAGGAGGUGGAGGACAAGGCCCGUGCCUACGAGGACCAGCUCCAGGACCACGAGCAGCAGAUGGAGGUCCUCCAGAAGGAGAAGCUGAGUGCCAAGUUCGAGGGCAGCGAGGUGGUGCACCAGCUGGAGGAGCGGUUGGAGAUGAAGGAGGCCAGCAUCCAGAAGCUGGCUGAGCACGUCCAGAGCCUCAGGGAUGAACGGGACCUGAUCAGGCAACGCUUCCAGGAGCUGAUGGAUCGCAUCGCCCUGUCUGACGGGGACGUCACCGAGCUUCGGGAGAAGUUGAGGGGAAGGGAGGCCGACUGCCAGAGCCUGGAGCACUCCUACAGGAGGGUGGCCAGCCAGCUGCAGAGCAUGCAUACUCUGCUGAAAGAAAAGGAGGAAGAGCUGAAGCACAUCAAGGAGAUGCAUGAGAAGGUUCUAGAAAAGAAAGAUCAGGACCUCAAUGAGGCGUUGGUUAAAAUGGUCGCCUUGGGGAGCAGCUUGGAGGAAACAGAGAUGAAGCUCCAGGCCAAGGAAGAGAUCUUAAGGAAGUUUGUGAAGGAGUCUUCAGAAGACGCGGAGGAGCCACGGAGCUUUCCGGAAGAGGCAGAGGAUGGCGUCGUGCUGUCGGGCCCACAGCCCCAAGCCGCCAUCAUGCCUCCAGGCUUCCCACCACCAAGGCUCGAGGAUGAGGAUCUGGGGGCUGCCCCAGGGGAGGAGCGUGGUGAUGACAGCCCCAGGGGAGAAGAGAGUGUGGGGUCCCUGAAGUCAGAGGCUCCUGACAGGGAGGGCCCCCCUCAGAGCACAGCAAAAUCUGACCAGGGAGUACCUGGCGUUAAAAGGCAAAGAAUCCGGUUCUCCACGAUUCAGUGCCAAAAAUACACGCACCCAGAUGGGUCCGAGAAGACCUGGACCAGCAGCACGUCCUCCGACACCAGCCAGGACCGGUCCCCCUCAGAAGAGAGCAUGUCGUCAGAGGCCACCCCCAGCUCCCUUCCUGCAGCCAGCGACUCCGACACCUAUCUCUCCAUAAUACACUCCCUGGAGACCAAGCUGUACAUCACGGAGGAGAAGCUCAAAGAUGUGACGGUGAAGCUGGAGAGCCAGCAGGGCCAGAGCCAGGAGGCCCUGCUCGCGUUGCACCAGCAGUGGGCCGGCACCGAGGCGCGGCUCCGUGAGCAGCUCCAUGCCAGCCUGCUCCAGGUCGGGGCCCUGGCCUCCCAGCUAGAGCAGGAGAGACAGGUGAGGGCGAAGCUGGUCGAAAAUCACGUCGGGGAGCUUGGCGACUUCCAGGUGAAGAAUAGUCAGGCUCUGGCCUGCUUAGAAAGCUGCCGAGAACAGUUGCGGUCCCUGCCGGCGGCCGGCCAGGAGGAAGCACGGGACGCGGCAUCCUGCCCCCCGGUCGGCGCGGAGGGCGCGCCAGGCAGCAGUGUUGGGCCCCUGAGCCACUGGGCAGCUCCUGCAGACCUUGGGGCCCGGGCCCUGCCAGAGGAAGGGGGUUUCCUGGAGGUGGGGAAAAUGACUUCACAGCCAUUGGUCCGGCCUGAGCUGAGUGAGCAGGAACAGCUGAAACUCCUUUCUGAUCAGAUAGCUCUGGAAGCCUCACUGAUAAACCAGAUAGCAGACUCUUUACAGAACACAACGUCGGAUAUCUCGCGUGUUCUGCACGAGAUUUCUCAGUCUGGAAAGUUGCCCCCGGAACCCGAAAGUGCUGCCGUCGGUCCUGCAGCCCCAGCAGACGCCUGGGCUAAGAAGGUGCUGGUGGAUGGCGAGUUCUGGAGCCAGGUGGAGUCCCUGAGUAAGCACCUGGGCGCACUGGGAGGAGGCGAGGUGGCUGGUGCGUCAGGAGGUGGGCAGCAGAGCGUUCCACAGGCCCUGGUCCCCGCCCUGGCAGAUGCCACGUGGGUCCGGGCAGAGCUCAGCUUCGCCCUGCAGUCGGUGAGGGAGUCGUUCCACCGCCGGUUGCAGAGCAUCCAGGAGACCCUCCAGGGGACGCAGAUGGCACUGCAGCAGCACAAGCGCGUGCUAGGGGACAUCCUGGGGGCCUACCGAACCCCUGACUUUGAGAGAGUGAUGCAGCAGGUCACUGAAGCUCUCAAGCUUCCAGCAGGUGUGGAGGACAGCAUGCAGGCAUCCUGGGACUUGAGCCCCUUAGGAGAAGUACUGAGUCAUCAAGCAGCAGCCGGCUCCCAGGAGCCCUCCUGCCUGUCCAACCAGAGCUCCGGGGCCCUUGUUGCUAUUCAGGAGGAACUCGCCCUGCAGCUUAAAGAUAAGGCCAGCCUCUUAGGAGAGAUAUCUGCUGCUCUGACCUCGCUUCCCCCGGUAGAGUCAGUAAGAGAUUGUCAGAAGCUUCUCCAGGCAUCCCAGAAUCUGUCCUGUAGCACUUAUCUGGGAGGCCUCGGUCAGUAUUCUUCAUUGUUAGUUCAGGAUGCAAUCAUUCAGGCUCAGGUGUGUUAUGCAGCCUGCAGAAUCCGGCUGGAGUAUGAAAAGGAGCUCCAGUGCUAUAAGGCGUCCUGGCAGGGCAGGGGCGCCUCCUGUCCGGAGCACGAGCAAGCGGUCGGGGCCCUGAGGGAGGAGUACGAGGAGCUUCUCCGGAAGCAGAAGAGCGAGUACCUGGAAGUGAUUGCCAUCAUUGAAAGGGAGAACGCAGAGCUGAAGGCCAAGGUCACCCAGCUGGACCAUCAGCAGAGGUGUCUGGAAGAAGUAGAAAGCAAACACAGUGAGAACAUGUGCGCCCUGCAAGGGAGGUAUGAGGAAGAGAUCCGGUGUGUGGUGGAGCAGUUGAACCGGGCAGGGGACACGCUGCAGGCCGAGCACAGCAGGGUCCUGAGCCAGCUGGACGCCUCGGUCAGGGACCGGCGGGACAUGGAGAGGCACCACGUGGAGCAGAUGCAGAGCUUGGAGGACAAGUUCCAGCUCAAGAUCAGAGAGCUGCAGACCAUCCACGAGGAGGAGCUGAGGACCCUGCAGGAGCACUACGCCCAGAGCCUGCGGUGCCUGCAGGAGGCCCUGCACCGCUGCCAGGGGCGGCCCCCUGAAGCUCUGCCGGCCCCCGGCCCCCCGGGCGGCCCUCAGCAGCCUCUCUCCUCCAGCUGGCCCACGGACCAGCCCCAGGAUGUCCCGCAGAGCGGCAGGCCAGAGGCUGACUCCAUGACGGGGCUGAGAGAGCGCAUCCAGGAGCUCGAGGCCCAGAUGGACAUCAUGCGGGAGGAGCUAGAGCACAAGGACCUGGAGGGCAAUGCAGCCACGCUGCGCGAGAAGUACCAGAAAGACUUUGAGAACCUUAAGGCUACAUGCGAGCGAGGGUUUGCCGCGAUGGAAGAAACGCACCAGAAGAAGAUCGAGGACCUGCAGAGGCAGCACCAGCGGGAGCUGGAGAAGCUGCGGGAGGAGAAGGACCGCCUGCUGGCUGAGGAGACGGCAGCCACCAUCUCAGCCAUUGAAGCCAUGAAGAAUGCCCACCGGGAGGAGAUGGAGCGCGAGUUGGAGAAGAGCCAGCGGUCCCAGAUCAGCAGCAUCAACUCGGACAUCGAGGCCCUACGACGGCAGUACCUGGAGGAGCUGCAGUCCGUGCAGCGGGAGCUGGAGGUGCUGUCCGAGCAGUACUCACAGAAGUGUCUGGAGAAUGCCCACCUGGCCCAGGCACUGGAGGCCGAGCGCCAGGCCCUGCGGCAGUGCCAGCGUGAGAACCAGGAGCUCAACGCCCACAAUCAGGAGCUCAACAACCGCCUGGCUGCGGAGAUCUCACGGUUGCGGACGCUGCUGACCGGGGAUGCCGGCGGAGAGGCCGCCGGCUCACCUCUCACGCAGGGCAAGGAUGCCUAUGAGUUAGAGGUCUUAUUGCGGGUCAAGGAGUCAGAGAUACAGUACCUAAAACAGGAGAUCAGCUCUCUCAAGGAUGAGCUACAGACGGCAUUGCGGGACAAGAAGUAUGCUAGUGACAAGUACAAGGACAUCUACACAGAGCUCAGCAUCGUGCGGGCGAAGGCCGACUGUGACAUCAGCAGGUUGAAGGAGCAGCUGAAAGCAGCCACGGAAGCUCUGGGUGAAAAAUCCCCUGAAAACGCCCCCGUGUCCGGAUACGAUAUAAUGAAAUCUAAAAGCAACCCUGACUUCUUAAAGAAAGACAGAUCCUGUGUCAGCCGGCAACUCAGAAACAUCAGGUCCAAGAGUCUGAAAGAAGGCCUGACUGUGCAAGAACGCUUGAAGCUCUUUGAAUCCAGGGACUUGAAGAAAGACUAGCUGUGUCCCGUUCAACUCGAACACACACCCCUCCCAGCUCGUGGCAGCACUACCCAAGCGCUGCUUCUUGUCUGUACCUUUAUUUUUUAUUACUGUUGUUACUGUUGUCAUCAUUAACUGUGGGUAUGGAUGCAUGAGAGACUGGUUUAUGGGUUGUUCACACCGCUCCCCGCUGUGUUGAUUCCAACUUCCUGUGUCUUUGUCAAAGCUUUGUUCCCAUGGUAUUCGAAAAUCUGCCAAGCAGCGGGGGGGCCCUGGGGGGCCAGGAGGGCUGUCAGCUCCUGGCCAGGUCUGCGCAGAGCCCCCUCCCGCCGCAGCCCACCGCACUCACCGUCAGUAUUAAGGCCCAGCAGCCUGUCGAUAAGCUAGCUCGUCCUGCCGAGUGCACUGUGCGGGGUGUCAGGGCCCGGGCGGUUCUCGCUCUGCCGCGUCUGAGGCCCUCGGAAAGAGUAGGGCGUCAGGUGGUGGCACCAACAACUCACUAGCCUUCGGGAGGAGCUAGGGGAGCAGGUCAGGGGGCGUGGGUCGCAACCCCCGGUCACCACCUUUGGCUUGGGAGGAGGACGGCGUUUUGUAUUGGUCCCACUGAUUCAGCUUACAGCCGCACCCCUGAUAAUCCCGGGAAGCCUUUCACAACCUGGAAAAUGUCGAAAGCAGCCACUCCUAUUUUUGUUUGUUUUUUAUUAAAUCUUGCACAAAACCCCGGCCCCUCUCAUUCCUUCCUACGCUCGCUCCUUUCUUGGUCACCAGUAGCCCUGGUCUCUUCCUAACAACUUAAGAGGGUUGACCUGCGGCCUGGGGUUUCAGACUGUGCUUGCAAAGCGUGAUGGAUUCCCUUGGGGAAUCAGUCAAGGGGAAAGACGGUUCUGGUCUGUAACCUUUCAGAAAGAAACCUCCAUGUUGUUUUUGAGAAGGUUGAGCGAAGACCCCUAUGUUAAGUCAAGAAGAAAGUACAGAGGAUGUCGGAAUCAGAUGAAAACUGCCAUUAUUAUAUGUUUUUAACUCUAAUCUGAGCUCUGAGAGGUUCUUGCGCAGCGUUCAGGGAGCCUAAAGCAAGUCUGUACUAACAAUGUUGCUUUUUCUAACAGUAAGAUAAGACCUCUUUACCUGCCAUGAAACACAACAGCAGUUCUUGAAAAUCUCUUACACUGGGGCUUCCAUCCUGGUGCCAGGAAAAUGAUUAAUACUGUUAAGAUGAGGGGUGUAAACAAAGCCGCGCUGAGUGGGAAGCCGUCUGUGGCUGCAGAACGGCCGGGAGCGCUGCGCUGCGCUAGUCUUGGGAGGAACUUGUGACGGUCUCGCCGCCGCUGUUGCCUGUUGAUUUCACUGCCAAGAGCACGCUUUCACUCUGUGUCGAUGAUCAGGUGCGCAGUCGGGUACAUGGGUACUUUGGGAGUCGAAAUGUCACCUUGCUCAGUCUCUAGAUGCAGUUAACAGGCUCAUCCGGGGAAAGCCCUGGAAGGCUGGGCAGAAGGGCCUGGGGCGUACAGUCUUCUCCCAGGAAUAAACCCUGAGGUCUCCGCUGGCAUCAAGCCUUUUCUGUUCACCAGCCUCCAGAGUCUUAACCCACACCUGUCACUCCUUUGUGCUAUUCUUCCAUGUUUUCAAAAGCAAAAGAAUAUUAGGUCUGGUUUCUCAACGCCACUUACCAGACACCAUUCCCCACACCUCACCCUUCCCCCUCCCAUGUAGAUUGGCAGCAUUUUAGAAAGGACCGUGGUUUUGUGUGUGCGCCGCUCAGAAUGUGAGGGAGAGGAGAUGCUCAGGCCCCCGUGUCCAUUCGGGCUCUAGAACAGUGUGUGACGCAUGUGUCCUCCAGGGCAGAAAGUGAGGUGAUGACGAGCACCAGCUGACGGGGUCAGGGCCUUGUUGCCUGCUCUCCACACAGGCUGUGUCAGCACCACGGUUUCAGGUCACUGCUUCGGAGAACUCCCCUCAUCUAGUGCAGUUUCCUCUGUGAGUGUCCCUCCUGCCUCUGGGGACUUGGGGCCCUUUUCCAGGCGGCCCCCUGGAGCCAGCCCUCUCUGGCUUCUGGUUUCCUGGCAAGGUCCCUGCAUGAAAUGAGGCCCCAUCUGCCUUCAGACGGUGCCAAGGGUGUGAAACCUGCAGUACUUCAAGUAGGUCAGAGUGCUUUGCAUGCUCGUAUUCAUCAGUUAGCCCUGGCGCCCUGGGAACAAAUGUGCUGAGGGCAGUAUAUGGAGGUGCAAGGCAGAGACCAAGAAAGAGACCGGUCCCCGCAGCCUCUGAAGGCUCCGCCUCCUCACCCCAGAGACAGUGAAGCUCACUCCCCUGGGAUGCUUCAGUCUGGCUGUUACCAGGAGUGGGCCAGAGAUGGGUGCGCCCUGGCUUCUCUCCAGCAAAAGGCUCCUCCUGCUGCAGCCUCCAGAAAAGGCCCCGAACCUCGCCGGGUCUUGCUGAGCAUCGCAUAGUGACGACUGUGGCCUAGACCCCAGUCUGAGCCACCUGCUGAUAAGCCCGUCCUCUGGCUGGAGUGAGCAGACAGAACAAGAUAAGGGGGUCUUCACUUACCUGAAGCACUCCAAUCCACUGUGCAUGCUCUCCGUAGACCACCCAAAACCCCGAGGAGGAAUUUAGCCACCAAGUUCCCAAGAGAAAAAAGAAUAAAGUUGUGGGGGUGGAGUUGGUUUCUGUGCUGGUGGAGAAGUGUCCUUUGGUGGAUGGGGCACUGUAGUGAUUGUGAACUCGGGGUGCUCACCCUGCCCCUGGUGCCAACCAAGCAGUGGGGGGCGUCCCCACUUCCCAGGGGGAGAUGAGCACAUGGAUCCAGUCUUCACAGCUGUAAUUAUUUUCCUGUAAAUGGUCACUAGUCCACUGUGGUCCGCUAGCACCUGCCACAUAAGGCACACCAAACAUGUGAACAGGAAAACGGAACCAUUUGACAGGUUCUGUGAACGUAUGUGUAAAUUACAGCAUGCACACGUCUGCACACGUGCAUGCACACACACCAUGAAGAGCCACUUGCUGCCAGUCAAGUUCCUUUAUCUUUGUGUGUGCUGCCAUUGCCUGAGUAGAUUUAGAAGCUAACAUUCUGGUGACAGCGGCUAUCUGCAGCCUCCCUGGCAGACGUGUGGCAAAACGUUUUGCCUUUGGAAAUUGACGCUUGUGCCGUAAGGCAUCAAAAUGGGUCUGAAUUUGAUGGAGGUGGUUAGGGCCAUCCAAGGGGUGACAGGUGAGGCCGUGAGAGGAACAUGUGAAUUGGUCAAGAACCAGGAUCAGAGGCUCCUCCCUAUGAGUCCAGAGAGUGGAAAGGCUGUGAACAAGGGAAAGCUCCAGGCUCUGGCUACUUAAGUGGAAUCUGUCACACCGUGGACCAACCAGUCACUAGCUCACUGACCCAACAGCUAGGCAUCAGGGUGCCUAACAGCGGCCAAACUCAGGAAGAGAGGUAACUGCGGUUCUUAAGAAACAUAGUUGUAACCCUCGGAGUCUGCCUGCAAGGAACCGUGACAGUUAAUAAGGCCAAAAAACAAAGUUGAUGCCAUAAGAAAACAAGUUUAUGGAGCUCUAUUUAAUGGUGUUUACUUCACCACGGAAGGAGCUGGAACACUCCAUGUCACUGCUGCCUGGCGGUCCCUUUGGCACGUGUGUUUUUAACCUGGGCCUGGGCCUGAGACAGCACUUGUCUGCCCCACCCCUGCUGGAGGCCAAGCAUCUGCCCCGUGGCCACUUUUCUUGGGCUAUAAGUGACACGGCUGUGCCGGGGUGCCCGCCAGCUUGCUGGUGACAGGGAAGUACUGCGGGCACCCCCACAUGUGCUCCCCACUCAGAUGAGCCAGCAGGUGGUGUAUUUCUGUUUAAAAGGUUUCUCCCUCCCAUACUUGCUAGAAACUCCCUUGGCUCCCAAAGGCCCUGCGCUGGGAUGAGCUGCCCAGGCCCGCUCGGACAUGGCCUGAUCUCAGGCCCCGUGUGCUCUGUUCAUGGCUAACCACACACCAGCUCUUAUCCAGGCACUCCAAGCUGUUUUCACGUAGAGUGGAAAGAAAGUGGCCCAUCAGCACAUUUUCUUCAAUCUAAAAGUAGUCCUGAAAGUGUCACCAUCAUUGUCCCCCAGAAGCUUGCUGCAAUUUUACCUUUCCGUUGUAUACACAACUUCGAAAGCCAGAAAAUACAGAAUUCAGUGAUCCUUUAUCACCAGGAAAGGUGGGAGGGAGGGGGGAUUUUAAAGUCUUACGGAUAGGGAAACAGUUAUCACACUUAAAAGGAAGCAGAUACUAAAAGGAUAAAAGCUUGUCAUACUCAUUGGAAGCUUCACUUCGCAGAAACUUCUGUCAUUUGGAAUACUUCAUCAACAGAUCUCAAGUGCCACCUGGACGUUUUCUCCCAUCAGCUGGAAUCGGCAAGCAAGCUCUCGGGGCCUUUGGGAAGGUGCUGCUGAAAACUUGCUUGUGCUGACACUUUUUACAGUUCAGGUAUAUGCUCACCGAUUUUUUUCAUCUUUCAUCGUAGGCCCUUGCGCCUAUCUGCUCAGCAAGUGCUACGAUACCUAAAAGGCAUGAGCUCAGACAGUAGGCUUCUGAUCCGAGGAAAGCUCUUCCCAUCCACCUGAGAUUGGUCAAAAGGUAGAGUCUGCUGUUCUCGGCACCACGUAGGACACUGUGGGACAUGCCCCUCCCACAGCUGGCCAUGUCGGCCCAGCCCUCAAAGUGCUCUUAGGAGAUGGGGUCCGUCGUACUUGGGCAUGGUGCCGUGUGCUCUCGCACCUGGACACUUUGAGCGAGGCCAUACUUUCCACAGUGGAAAGUUUAAAUAAGAACCAGCCUGAAGUGAGUCUAGCAAAACCAUUUGUUUGAGGUUUUUGAGAGGGAGACAGGACAUAAUGGCAGUACGAAAACAAACAUCAAUUUCUCUCAAGGGCUGUCUGCUGGAAAAGACCCAGCCUCAUUCUUCUGCCCUUCUGAGAACAAUUUUGAGUAUUCUUGUUUCUUUAUUAAAGGGAAGAGGUCUCUCUUCUUGAAGUCUUUCAACAGAGGAGUCUCAGCAGAGUAGGAGGAAUACCUCAGCACCACACCCAGCAAGGCUGCCAGCAAGGCUGUAGGGAGCAAGGGCCACCUGCCCUAGCACAGCUUGGGCCCCAUCCCCCUAGGUGUCAGCGCAGGCCUUGUGGAGAGAAGCCAAUGCCCACCUCGCUGGCUUCCAGCUUCUCUAUAGAAGCAGCUGUGUUUAUUUUCUUCAAAAUAACCUGUACAUAAUGCAGAGGGGGCAGUGUAAAUAUUACUCAGAAGUUAAUACAGGGAUUUUUGUGACAAAGUUAGUGUGGAUUUGGUUUAAAAAUAAAUGCAGGCAUCCCUUUGUAAGCUAGGGAGGAUGGCUUUGGGUUCAACCUAGAACGCCACCCAACGUGAUAAGGAAAUGUUUCUAAUGAGUGAUGCACCUUGUUAACAGCUUCAGUCACUUCACAGGCGGUUUUAAGGAGUGUAUGACAGCAUCUGAAGUAACAGGAGCCCUGCAUCCAUGCAUGUUUUCUCUGGAAGAACUCUGUCAUACUUGUUCCCAGCUCACCGUUCAGAGUAUCCUCCGGGAAAAGCAGUCUUCCUCAGACAUUUCCGUGGAAAUCGACAACCUGGGAGACUUCAUGGAAAGCAUAGUUCUGGCCCAAGCGGCCUGAGUGGGGGGACUUGUGACACCUUGCCGGGCCAGGUGUCUGUGUGCCGCCCGCACCCCCAGAUCCCAGGGGAAGCAUCGAGGGUGCAGAGCUGCCAGCGAUGUCCCUUUACAGCAUGUGUCUGUGUCACUCUGAGGAGGGAACAUCCGGGAGACCUGCUCAUCCAGUGCAUAGGCUCACCCAGGAGGACGCAGAGGUCCCGAGGGUGAAGCACACGGUCUGUGGGCAUUGGUCAGGGGCCGGUGGGGGAGGGAGGAGCUUCUCAGGACCCAGUUUGAACACAAGAAGGAAUAAAGUUCUGGAAGAGCAGUGGUCGCUGGACACAGUCGGCCUGCCGCCCGUCACGUGUCUUGUGCCCUUUACAACUAGUUGUAUCACAUAUUUCAGUUUUGUUUUAUAGAAAGCUAGAAAUAGAUUAUAUAAAGAACACUAAAGUCAUUACUGUGUUAUGUUUAUACCACAAAACCACUUACAAUUGAUUUUAGGAUUUACCUUUAGUAUUGACUUCUCUACUGACCUACUGUUAGGACUUAAAACCAGUUAAGUGCUAAGAAUUCAUGUGGUUUUCCUAAGUAAUAUUUAUAAAGUGUAAAACUUCUAAGUAACUCCUCACCAGUUGUAAUUCUUCAUAACUUUUCUCACAAGUAUACACUAUGUCAGAGGGAAUGUCUCGGUUCAGCGACCAAGGAUGACAACACUAUGCCGAACAGCUGUGGGAGCUGAUACAUGAACAAAGUGGAACAUGCAGAUAACUUUUUGCUGUGACAAGUUUGGAAAUAAUCCACAGCAGUGACUUCUGUCACAGCUAAUCAUUUCAACAGUCAGGUGAUACCGUGUUCAAACAACUAGCCCAUGUAAUUCUAACCGGGGUUUCAUUCCUGUACUAACACUAAGUGGUAACGUUCACCAAACAACGUCACAUGCUGAGGCCUCCAGGUUCGACAGCCCUCCAGCCCCACAUCCGUGCUGUGGUGGCCCCAGGGCUCUGCCGUGGUGGGGGUGGGCAUCUUCUGUCCAGCUGCACCGCCCUCCUGAAGAGGUGAGCCCGGUCAGCUAAGCUGCUUGCUCUUCUGACAAUUCAACAUUUUGAUGGUUUCACUGAAGCUUUUUUU